CUUUAUAUAAAAAUUAAAAAAUUGUUUUCACUUUUCAAGCUUGAUAAUUUUGUGAAUUGUUUAUAAAUUGUUGUAUAAGUUUACAGUAACGUUUGAGGAUAGGUUGAAAGGCUUGAGGUAGAAAGGCUUGAAAACGUGAAAAGUUCAGGCGAGGAAAGUUGACUGGUUCAUAAAAUGUCUGCGCAAAGUCCGAAUAAUGGUGUGAGACUUCGUCAGGGGAAAUACAAGUAUACAACUCCCCCUUGGAAAGAGGUCUACCGCAAGGUAAUUUAGCUUAAUAAGAAAUAAAAAUAGAUAUCUCAAGUCAUGUAAGUAUUAAUCAUUUUGUUGUAUUAACUUAUAUUACAAAAUUAUAAUAAAUGCCCCAGACAUUAUUUUACUUCGUCUAACGCCAGGUAAUUUUAUUUGUUAAGGGGACAGUACUGGGUUAACCAAACUAUCUACCAUUAAUGUGUCUUAUUAACCCAUUAACUAAAGUUGAAAUGCACCCAAAUGCCCCAACUUUAUUACACUCUGUCUAACACCAGAUCAUUUUAUUAAUGGUUAAUUGUGUUUUGUUGUAUUGAACAUUUGAACCUAAUGCCAGAUCAUUUUAUUUAUGGGAUAUUAAUUGUGUCUUGUUAUAUUGAACCUUCUCAAUUUAUUGCAACUCAUUAAUAAAUUUGAAUGUUGUUUUUACUGAAGCGUUGUUUGAGAAGACUUCAAGAAGGAAGAUCAAAAUUGGUUGAUAAAUUCCGCAGAAUUGACGAGGACCAAUCAGAGAAUGGCAACCUAGUCCAAGAGGUCAUGGAGGAAGAGUGGGUUGCCUUGCGUCAGGAGAAGAAUAAUUGUCUCUCUUCGGAUUCGUUACAAUACAAUCCAUUUGCAUCGGCGGCUGAGGUUCUUUCUAUAACUGAGUUUUGUUGUUGUAUUGUAAAAAUUAUAGCAAAAAAUGAACUGCAUCUUUUAAUUUUAUUUAUCAGAUCAUAAAUACAAGACUACUAGAUAUAUGACAGCUAGAUAAAGAGAAUUAGCCUGUCUCACGAAGGCCAAAUUCGUCAUUUUUGGGGUACUUUUGAAAAUGACAAGAAAUAUCUAAGUGAUGUGAAAACAUUUUUUUCAAAUAUUUAACUUUAACUGUAAAUGAACUUAUAAUGAUUAUACUCACAAUUAUAGUUAUACAAAUACCUUAUUCACUGCGUACAAUCUCAGAUUUGGAAAAGGAAGUACCCCAAAAAUGCAGGGAUGGAUCCAGCAUGAUCUGGUAGGGGGGGGGGUGCCCUGCCAGCUCUGGUGCCGAGUUGUGUCGGUCAUGUGUGCCACCACUGUAUCUCAUUUUGUCUCUAAUAAUUUUUUGCUUUAUCAUGAAAAAUAGCACCCGCUCUGGCAAAGUCUAGGUGGGGUGCACACCCCCCCCCCCACACACACACCCCCAGUGAGAAAGGCUAAUUAACAUGAUUUCUCACUCUGGUAAUUACUGCAGGUUGACCAGUCCAGAACCUCACAAAUUAUUUUACAGCUUUUACUUGUCAUUGGGAGACAGAUGGGCAUCAGUUGAUUUAUUUAUUAUCAAUUUUUGUUGUUAUAGUCUGAACCAAAUGAAGACUUGAAUGAUAUAAUUGAUAUUGUGGAAGAGAUUCAGAAUGAAUUGAUGAAAGAAGGUUUGGCAAUUGGCAUUGUGCCCUAAUGCACCCUACUUUGUUAUUUACCCUGUUUAUUUGGGUGGGGCACACCCUCCCCCCUCCCCUCCCACCCCCAGAAAAUCCCCCUAUGGACUAAAGACCAUCCAUGAUGCUGCAGGAGAAAACUGGGGUGCCUUGAGAGAACCUGUGGUGUUUAGUAAUUGUAAAGUCACACUGGAACCACUAUUCGGAGGUGAAAUUAUAAUCAGACAAGUAAAUAUUGUAGGAAUUCAACCUUAUCAGGCAAUCACGUACAGAGCAUAGUUAAUAGAAUAGAUGGUUUGGAAACUCAUUAGAAUAACAAUAUAAUUAUUAUCUACAGUAUGUUAGACUUAUUAUCUAUGUUAGUCAACGUACAUUCAUAAAUCUGCUCCUUCACCGUCAUGUGCGUAUUGUAUUUUUGCCAAAUCCACCAAUAGCAAUUUCCAUUUUACCCUAUUGUUCGUGUUACGAAUAGGUAACUUUCCUAAGACAUUGCUAUUGGUUAGUUGGGCAAAAAUGCAAUGCGCACGUGACGGUGAACGACUAGAUUUAUGAAUAAACGUUGACUGAACAUAGAUAAUGAGUUUGUUAUAUGUUAUUCUAAUGAUUUUCCAAACCAUCUAUUCUGUUUAAUAGGUGGAAUGAACAAUGCCCAACCUUGAGUAGAAUGUUACGUAGUUAGUAUCAGCUUAAUUUUGUAUUUAUUCUGUGUACAGAGCAACUGAUGCUCAGCAAGUAUGAAGAAGGAUUAAAGUUUGAAGAAGAAAGGCUUUGUGCUGCUAUACAAUGCCUUCAAACAGAUGAUUUGAUAUGUCCUAUAUGUAAACAGUAUGUCUUUCAUUUUUCCAUCAAUUUUUGUAACGCUCAAUUAGGACUCAGUUUUCUUGUUAAGAAUGUAUGACUAAUGUUUUGUGAUUUAGAAAUCCAUUGCUGCAAAAUAAACAGAUAAUUUUCUGCUCUUGCGGAAUAAGAAUCGACACAGAGGUAAGACAAUCGUACAAUAAGAAUAAUGUCAAUUACAUAUUCAAAUGCAUUCAUUAGUUUAAGUAUCUCUAGCUGAAGAAGUAACACUGACUGCAAAUGAUGGCAUUUACUCGACCCCCAGGAAGAACUGGUUAGAAUUGAUAGAGCUGUUCAGUAUAAAUAAAGUUAGUUUAGUUUAAGUUUCCUCCUGUAGUAACACUGGAUCAAUAAGAGAUGAUCCUUACUGGACCUCUAGGGGGAACAGUUUAGAACUGAUAGAGCUAUCCAGUAUAAAUAAAGUUAGUUUAGUUUAGGUUUCCUCCUGUAGUAACACUGGACAGAGCUAUCCAUUAUAAAGAAAUAGGUUUCCUGAUUAGAUGGCAUUGAUAUAAUUAGGAGCAAUUGUUUUUAGAAUGAUGCAAUAACAUUGGAGUUUGUAAGAAAUCAGCUAGGAGACGCUAUGGAGCAGCAUAGGUAGGGUUAACUUGAAUUGCAAACAUUUUAACUAUUAUUAUAAUUGUACUACAGCAAUGAAGUUAUUUUCUCUUUUCCACUCUCAGUAACGAAGGUUGUUUAGCAGAAGCUUUAUUUAGUGUUUCAUCGUAUCCAGAACUUGGUGUAAGCAAUUUGAUCAUGGCUUGCAAAGUAAGUAUUAGCUGUCAUCUAUAAUAAUCAACAAUUUCACAAUGUCGAUGAUAGGCUCAUCAUAGGUUUGAUUUGCAACCCAUUAAAAUGCCAUGCUCUUAUUUUAGAGUUGUGAUUUUUUGGCAGUUAUUCUUUGAAGGGAAAGGUGAACACGUUUGAAUUUUGGAGAGUUUCACAGGAGAAUAAUCAGAAUAUAAUUGUUUGCACAUUUCUAUACUCUGCCAAAUAGCUAAUAACAAUGUAUACAAAAUUGUGUAAAAUAAACAUAGUAUUUAUCAUUAUUUGUACAUAGAAUAUUUGUUUAAGAAAAUAAAGAUUUAUUUUUGUAUAUUUACGCCCCACAAGAAAAUAC